CGCUCGGAGCGUGGGCUGCGCCUCUCGCGGAUCCGGUUCCGCCCUCCGUCUCGCAGCCCACCCUACCGACCGAGCGCCCGAGCUCCCUUUCCCAGAGUGCUCCGCGCCGUGAAGAAGCGGCUCCCAGGGACUGGGGGCAUUUUGUGUUGGCUGGAGCUGGAGUAACAAGAUGGCGGCAUCGGCGGAGUGACGGGGAGUCCCUCCGGGCCGGAGCCGGCGGCAGUGGUGGCAGCGGUCGCGCCGCCCUAACUCCCCGCGGCCCCCUCUCCCGUUGCCCCCCGCAACGUCGCCGCCAACGCGAGACAGCGGCGGCCGCCCCAAAGCCACGGGCCGAGCGUCAGUCAGCAGCCGCCGACCACCCUUCACGAACUGCGGCCUGGCCCUCCAGCGAGCGGCGGCAGCGGCGGCGGCGGCGGCGGCGGCGAUCCCGUCUCUCGCAGCCGACUCGGCGCCCCGUAACGCCAACAAAGCCUCGCUUCCCGGUGGCCUGCCGCGCUCCGCCGUUCUGCCGGGGGGAGCAGCCCCGGAGGAGGCCUCCAUCCUCUUCGCCGAGGUGUCGGGGCUCGGCCCCCGCCUCCAUCUUCGCGUCUCAGGAUGGCCAGCAGCAGCGGCUCUAAGGCCGAAUUUAUCGUCGGAGGGAAAUACAAACUGGUGCGGAAGAUCGGAUCGGGCUCCUUCGGGGACAUUUAUCUGGCGAUCAACAUCACCAAUGGCGAGGAAGUGGCAGUGAAGCUAGAAUCCCAGAAGGCCAGGCAUCCCCAGUUGCUGUACGAGAGCAAACUGUAUAAGAUUCUUCAAGGUGGGGUUGGCAUCCCUCACAUACGGUGGUAUGGACAAGAAAAAGACUAUAAUGUGCUAGUCAUGGAUCUUCUGGGGCCCAGCCUUGAAGAUCUCUUCAAUUUCUGUUCAAGAAGGUUCACUAUGAAGACUGUACUUAUGUUAGCUGACCAGAUGAUCAGUAGAAUUGAAUAUGUGCAUACAAAGAAUUUUAUACACAGAGACAUUAAACCAGAUAACUUCCUAAUGGGUAUUGGGCGUCACUGUAAUAAGUGUUUAGAAUCUCCAGUGGGGAAGAGGAAAAGAAGCAUGACUGUUAGUCCUUCUCAGGACCCAUCUUUCUCAGGAUUAAACCAGACAUACUUGGCAAACAUUUUUUAUGUUUUCCCAUUAUCUGCUUCAAAAAAUACCAUUCUCUUUUCUAGUCGCCGAGAUGACAUGGAAUCUUUAGGAUAUGUUUUGAUGUACUUCAAUAGAACCAGUCUUCCCUGGCAAGGGCUAAAGGCUGCAACAAAGAAACAAAAAUAUGAAAAGAUUAGUGAAAAGAAGAUGUCCACUCCUGUUGAAGUUUUGUGUAAGGGAUUUCCUGCAGAAUUUGCCAUGUACUUAAAUUACUGUCGUGGACUGCGCUUUGAGGAAGCUCCGGAUUACAUGUAUCUGAGGCAGCUAUUCCGCAUCCUUUUCAGGACCCUGAACCACCAGUAUGAUUACACGUUUGACUGGACGAUGCUAAAGCAGAAAGCGGCACAGCAGGCAGCCUCCUCCAGUGGGCAGGGUCAGCAGGCCCAAACCCCCACAGGCAAGCAAACUGACAAAACCAAGAGUAACAUGAAAGGUAUUAAAGAUGAGAAGUUGGAUCCACUGAGUUUCUAGGCAUGAAUUGAGGAAGAGAAGCAGCAGAGCAGAUGAUUGGAGCAGCAUUUGUUUCUCCCCAAACUAGACAUUUUAGCUCAUAUGUACACUAGCCAGUGGUUGUGGACAACCAUUUACUUGGUGUAAAGAACUUAAUUUCAGUGUAAACUGGCCUAGGCAGCAUUGCUGAUGCUGGCCCUGAGCUGUAACCGCUGUAAUUGUGAAUAUUAACUGAGGUAGUGAAACAUGGUGUCCGGUUUUCUAUUGCAUUUUUUUUUUUUAAGUGGAAAAGUUUAACUAAAUGGUUGACACACGAAUUGGUGGAGAAAUUGUGCAUAUGCCAAUUUUUUGUUAAAACCUUUUAUUUUGAACUAUACUGCUUUGAGAUCUCAUUUCAGGAGAACGGCAUGAACAGUCUUCAGCCACAGUUGUGAUGGUUGUAAAUGUUCACAAUUGUGUGUUCUUAGGGUUUUUCAUCCCUGGGGUUUGCAAGUUGUUAACUUAAAACAUUCUCAAAAUGGUUGGCUUCUUGUUUGCAAGCCAGCUGAUAUGGUAGCAACCAAAGAUUCCAGUGUUUGAGCAUUUGAAAGACUCUGCCUGCUUACCUGUGCUAGAAAUAACAGCAUCUAAAGUGAAGACUUAAGAAAAAAACAUAGCGACUACUAGAUUAUCCUUAGGACUCUGCAUUAACUCUAUAAUGUUCUUGCUAUUAAAAACGCAUAUUUGUCACAGAAAUUUAGUUACCGUCUUACAACUGAACAUGUAUGUGUGUUGCUUAGAUAAAUGUAAUCACUGUAAACAUCUAUAUGAUCUGGGAUUUUGUUUUUAUUUUGAAAUGGGAGCUUUUUGUUUACAAGUUCAUUAAAAACUAAAAACUGUUUCUGUAAGGAAGUGAAAUUUUUUUUUAAACGACAAAAUGCCUUGCUGACUCAACAUGAAGUAAAUCUCCCUGAUUUUUUUGUUUUGUUGUAUGAUUUGAGACAGGGUCUCAUUUUGUAGCUCUGGCUGGCCUAGAACUCACUAUAUAGACCAGGCUGGCCUAGAACUCUCAGAGAUCCUCCUUCCUCUGCCUCCCUAAAAUCUAAGAGCCACCACGCCCAGCUUCCCUCAUUUUUUGAUAGACUACUUCAAGCCAUUUGUUAUAUUCCUUUGCUGUGAAAGGUUUUUGUUUUGUUUUUUUGUUUGUUUUUGUCUUGAUCUGAAGAGAAAGGAAUUCUUUCGCUUUCUUUUAAAUGACUCACAGGCACAUUACCAGUACUGCAUCUGCCAUAACUGUGGCCUUGACUCUUGCGGCCACUGCGGCCAGCAGAGGGACUGAUUCUGAAUCAGGGUGAUGAAAGUGUUCAAGGCUUUAGUAACCAUGUUAGAAAACCUUUUUCUUAGAAACCUUUGUGAAAUGGCUGUACGAGUGUCACAGAGUGCAGUUAGAGAUGCUGACCCUCCAGGCCCGCUUCCUCCCAGGCUCUCCUGGCCGCUUUUCUUUUUUCUUUGAUGAUUCAAGCGAAGGGGGAACUUAAUUGACAGUAAUUCUUUAAAUGGUGUAAUUUAUUCAUUUACAGCAUGUCAGGAUAAAUGAAAAGAUCAUUUGUCUGAAAAUGCUGCCAGGAGCCUAUUGUGUAACUGUAGGUAUUUUGUAAAAUAAUCUUGAAUUGUAAAUUGGCACAUGUUUGGUAAGAGUGUCAGGGUUGAUUUGUGGUUUUCCUUUUUUUUUUUUUUUUUUUUUUUAUUUGAACAGCAAUAAUUUAAUUCCAUGAUGACCACGUUCUGUCAUCAAGUUGUAUUAGUAUCAGAAGGCUGAAGAAGUCACAGUGAGGUGGAGCUGGUGGGUGGCAGCCAGCCUCUCUCUCUUUUCUAGCCAUGCUUGUCAGUUAAGGUAUUUGUUUCUUGACUAAUAAACCCUUUGAUACUUUCAGCCAGAAAUCAGUCUCAUAAAGCUAUUUUUGAGUAUAGUUUGUGUAAGAUAAAACUGUUCAGCAUUGGUCAUAACUCUCCAGGCUGAACUCCCUCUCUAGCAAGAUAUUUUUCAGUGCUUUUAUUUACUAUGCACUUAGACUAUGCACUUUUUCUGAAAUAUUUUUGUAACACUUUUUUGUAUUUUUGCCAUUUGAAAAGGUUGUGGUGUCAUUGAUCUGUCAUUAAGUUGCAGGUUUCAAACUGCUGUUAGCUUUGUGAAUCAGAAUAUAGAAAUGUUUUUGUUCUGGUGUACUUUUGUCCCAUCUGCAGCUGGAGCUGGAAUCCACUGAUCUUCUAGCUGCCAUUCAUUUUCUUCACAGUUCACAAAGAAGAGCGUGAAAUUCAGUGAAUGCUGUUACUAAUCCUGUCUGGAAAUGAAUCUCAUUUCACCAAAAUUAAUUAUGUUUUUCCACUAAAAUGAUGGUAUACGUUGAAGACACAUCACUUUGAAGUUGGAAGACCUCACCACUAAAGGCUCCACAGUGGCUGACUCAGCUGAACUCUAGGUUGCCACUCUUUUCUUUAUUCACUCCACUGGGUGAUGCAGCUUUUUGAAAUGUUGGGAGAUGGCCAUUCUAACUACUGUUGAAUGUCUCUGUUUUGGGAAGGUAUAAUAAGAAAAUAAAGAAGAAUAUAUAUGAAGGGGGAGGCUGGUUGUCUCCCAUAUGGCUGUGCUGCAUAUGCUCUUAGAACCCAAGUGGACAUAGGUUUGCCUUUGCUGUGAUUUCCUCUCUGCUUUAAGUCUAUCGUAUUGUAAAUAUUUCAGAGUGUACUGUAACAGGACAUGAAUUGUUAUAAAUCAUGAACCAUGGAGAUGGUGUAGUCUAAGCCAGUAGGCUGUUUUCCCUGAAAAUUGCUGGGAUAAUAAAGAAUAGUUUAUUGUAACUCAA